GACGCGCUCUCUGCCUGUAGCGGGUCCAGAGGAUCCGCGGCGUCUUCCCGCAGGGACCAGGAGCUAGAGAUGCUAUUAGGCUGUAAUUUCAUCGAGAGUGAAAAAUCUACCCAGAGAUGGAAAACUUCAUUCUAUACGAAGAGAUUGGCAGAGGCAGCAAGACUGUUGUCUAUAAAGGGCGUCGGAAAGGAACAAUCAAUUUUGUAGCUAUUCUUUGUACUGAUAAGUGCAAAAGGCCUGAAAUAACCAAUUGGGGAACUGUUUUAGGAGAAUUCCCACAUUGUGGCUCCUUAAAAACAGUUAUUGCCCAAGAUGAAAACCUUCCAGAAGAUGUUGUGAGAGAAUUUGGGAUUGACCUGAUUACUGGCUUACAUCAUCUUCAUCAACUUGGUAUUCUUUUUUGUGACAUUUCUCCUGGGAAGAUCCUCUUGGAGGGCCCUGGCACACUGAAGUUCAGUAAUUUUUGCUUGGCAAAAGUGGAAGGUGAAAAUUUGGAAGAGUUCUUUGCUUUGGUGGCAGCAGAAGAAGGAGCAGGUGACAGUGGGGAAAAUGUGCUGAAAAAAAAUACAAAAAGUCGAGUCAGAGGAUCUCUUACAUAUACAGCGCCAGAAAUUGUGAAGGGUACUGACUUCUCCGUCACCAGUGACCUCUGGUCUUUGGGUUGUCUGCUCUAUGAAAUGUUUUCAGGAAAACCUCCUUUUUUCUCAGAAAGUUUUUCAGAAUUAAUUGAAAAGAUUUUUUAUGAAGAUCCUUUACCACCUAUUCCCAAAGGGGAGUUACCUCCUUGGGAUAAAUUUCUCAAAGUGCGAUACUGCUGGUCAAAGACUAAGACCACAAAACUAACUUGGACGGGCCUACUGCAGCAUUCAUUUUGGAAGGAUGCUUUCACUAGAAAAGAUCAGGACUUGAGCACCGAGGAUUCCAGUGUCAGCAGGAAGGCAAUGGAGUGUUCUGAGCCACAUGGUUCCAAGGAACUUUCAAAGAACCCUCAGAGCGCACCAGCACAGGCAGAGAAGACCGGCCAGCAACUCAGUCACUCCUUCAGGCUGGAAAAUCCAUCUGACUUGCGGCCUAAGAGCACUACUGGGGGCCAGUUGAAUGAGUACAUGUUUCUUCUCAGCUCCCGUCCUACCCCAAGAACUAGUACCACAGUGGGAUUCAGUCCUGGUGAGGAUGGGACUCGAAAUUCACCUCAGAAAACAUCUCCUCCUCCUGUGACCAAGAUCACAAGUGGAUACCUGAGUCAGCAGGAGCUGGAAUCCCGGAUGAAAGAGCUUAUCUACACAGACUCAGAUCUUGUGGUCACACCAAUUAUCGACAACUCAAAGAUAAUGAAGCAACCACCAAUUAAAUUUGAUCCAAAAAUAUUACAUCUACCAGCACACCCAGUGGAUAAACUGGUGUUUCUAAAAGACCAAGAGUGGAAUGACUUUCUGCAGCAAGUGUGCUCACAGAUUGACUCUGUUGAGAAAAGCCUGAGCGCCUCCCGCACUAAGCUCAAUCUCCUUUGCUACUUGUGUGUGGUGGCCGGUCACCGGGAGGUGGCCAGCCGGCUCCUCCACUCCCCGCUGUUUCAGUUGCUAAUCCAGCAUUUGCGAAUAGCUCCAAACUGGGACAUAAGGGCCAAGGUUGCUCGGGUGAUUGGUUUACUGGCCGCCCACACAGCUGAGCUCCAGGAAAAUACACCUGUUUUUGAGGGAAUUGCUCUCUUAACUGAAUUAAUUAGGGAAAACUUCAGGAACAGCAAAUUAAAACAGUGCCUUUUACCAACCCUUGGGGAGCUGAUCUAUCUUGUAGCCACCCAGGGAGAGAAAAAAAGGAGCCCUAGAGAAUGUUGGACUGUUCCCUUGGCUGCAUACACAGUGCUAAUGAGGUGCCUUCGGGAAGGGGAAGAACGUGUGGUGAAUCAUAUGGCAGCAAAAAUUAUUGAAAAUGUCUGCACAACCUCUUCUCAGCAGGCCCAGGGCUUUAUUACAGGAGAAAUUGGACCUGUUUUAUGGUACCUCUUCAAACAUUCCACUGUUGAUUCCCUUAGGAUAACAGCAAUAUCGGCCUUGUGUAGAAUCACUCGCCAUUCUCCUACUGCCUUCCAGAAUGUCAUUGAGAAGGUGGGACUGAACUCGGUGAUAAACUCCCUGGCCUCCGCCAUCUGCAAAGUUCAGCAGUACAUGCUGACCUUGUUCAGUGCGAUGCUGUCCUGUGGGGUUCAUCUCCAGAGACUAAUCCAAGAAAAGGAUUUCAUCUCUACAAUUAUUCGUUUACUUGACAGUCCCUCAACUUCCAUCAGAGCAAAAGCCUUCCUGGUUCUUUUAUAUAUUUUGAUUCAUAAUCAUGAGAUGCUCCUGCUUAGCUGCCAAGCAAGACUGGUGAUGUACAUCGAGAGAGACAGCAGAAAGACCACUCCAGGCAAGGAGCAGCAGAGUGGCAAUGAGUACUUGUCCAGAUGCCUGGACCUCCUCAUCCGUCACAUCGUGCAGGAGCUGCCACGGAUCCUGGGUGACAUUCUUAAUGCCCUGGCUAAUGUUUCCGGUCGUAAACACCCAUCAACAGUUCAAGUGAAACAGCUGAAGAUGUGUCUCCCCCUGAUGCCUGUAGUGCUUCAUCUCGUCACUUCUCAGGUAUUUCGACCUCAAGUUGUAACAGAAGAGUUCCUUUUCAGUUAUGGAACGAUUCUUAGUCAUAUUAAAUCAGUAGAUUCUGGAGAAACUAACAUAGAUGGAGCCAUAGGACCAACGGCCUCAGAAGAAUUUAUCAAGAUCACAUUGUCGGCAUUUGAAGCUAUAAUACAGUAUCCUAUUUUCUUGAAAGACUACUGCUCCACGGUUAUUGAUUAUAUCCUGCCACCCUUAGUCUCCUUGGUUCAAAGCCAGAAUGUGGAAUGGAGACUCUUCAGCUUGCGGUUACUCUCAGAAACCACUUCUUUACUUGUGAACCAGGAGGUUGGGGAUGGCAAGAAGGAGGCUAAUGUUGAUUCUGAGAACAGUCUCCUGGCCCUGAUUAGAGAUGUCCUGCUUCCUCAAUAUGAGCACAUCCUCACAGAACCUGACCCAGUACCAGCAUAUGCUCUGAAGUUGCUAGUGGCCAUGACUGAACACAACCCAAAUUUUACCAGACUUGUGGAAGAAAGCAAACUGAUCCCACUCAUUUUUGAAGUAAUUCUGGAACAUCGGGAGAACAUUCUGGGCAACACCAUGCAAAGUGUGAUUGCAUUGCUCAAUAAUCUGGUUGCCUGCAAAGAUUCGAAUAUGAAGCUACUUUAUGAACAAGGGCUGGUCAGUCAUGUUCGUAACCUGUUCACGAAAGCUGCCACACUGUGCUUGGAUGCUGACAAAGCCAACAACGAGACAGCAGCCACAUUGCUGUGUUCCCUGCUCGAUAUCUUGCACAGCAUGCUGACCUACACUUCAAGCGUCGUGCGUGUGGCUCUGCAGGCACAGAAGUCUGGCUCAGGAGGGGACACGCAGGCCGCAGAAGACCUGCUGCUGCUUAGCAAGCCUCUUACAGACCUUGUUAGACUGCUCAUUCCACUGCUUCCUCACGAGGAUCCAGAGAUUUUUGAAGUUUCAUCCAAGUGUCUGUCUAUACUGGUUCAGCUAUAUGGAGGGGAAAACGCAGACAGCCUGUCACCCGAAAAUGCAGAGAACUUUGCUGAUUUAUUGAUAUCCAAGGAAGACCCCAAGGUGCAGAAGCUUCUGUUGCGGAUCCUCAGAAGAAUGGUCACCUCCAGUGAGAAGCAACUAGAGAGUCUCAAGAAUGCGGGCGGCCUCCUGCAGGCUCUGGAGUGGCUGACCCCAGCUGGUGGUUCAUCUGCUGACAGUGCGGUGGCUUCAUUGGCCCUUGAAAUCCUUCAAGUUGUUGGACGGUAGCAAGAAGGCACUUAGCCCGAGUGCACUCCACAGCACCAAACCUUGGCCACAUCUGUUCAUCACAUCAUCAUCUACAGCUGUUUUAGGACCUAAUAAAGUCAGUUGAA